AUGGAGACACACGCUGAUGCCAACGUGCGUGACAGCUUGGAGAACGAUACAGAAGCACCAACAAGCACAGCAACGACACCAACAGCAGCAGCAACAGCAACACCAAAGGAACAGCGCGGCAGCCGCAGCAGCGGCAGUGGCAUUCCAGCACCGGCAGGGGCGCGGCAGAAAUCGAAGAAGAACAAGAAGAACAAGCCAAGAAAGCAGCGGGCUUCCCGACCGAAGAAGCAGGAUGCGGUGCAAGACGAUGAGCGCGAUGCCGCGCCGACAACACAGGUCACUGAACAGACGCACGAUGCAUCCACGCGAGGCAGGGUUCACGUGAGCAUCAGUGAAGACAGCGUGGAUGGCGAAGCGAAGAGCUCGGGGACUCCUGAUGAACUGGAUGGUGAUGCUGGUGAUGGUGUUGUUGGUGAUGUUGGGGGUGAGGGUGAUGACACUGUCGUGCGAGCGUUCUCGAACCCAGAUGAUGUCCAACACGGCCACAGCGAAGGGCCAGCAUCACAAACACAACAGCAACAGCAACAAGAACAACAGCAAGAAGGGCAACUGCAACAGGAGCAGGAGCAGGAGGAGGAGGAGCAGGAGCAAGACCGUGCAGGAAAGGGCAGGACGGCCAGUCGUGAAGAAGAUACACAGUCAGCGCGACCAGAUUCUGCCUCGUCCACGACAUCUGUAUUUCACGAGGGCGAGAAGAGCACCAUUCGCGUGGUGGUGCGCGUGCGGCCGCUGAACUCGGGCGAACUUGAUCGUGGGGAGGAGGACGCCGUGUACGUGCUCGAUGACAACCAAACCGUCGGUGUCAGAUCAGAGGUCACCGAAUCCAUCACCUCGUACACAUUCCACCAGGCCCAGGGCUCCCAAUGCGACCAAGACCGGUUCUUCCGCAACUGCGGGAUCCGGCAGCUGCUCAACGCCGCAAUGGAGGGCUUUUCCUGCACAGCUUUUGCUUACGGCCAGACUGGAAGCGGAAAGACGCACACGCUCACGGGGCCAGACCACGAUGAUGCGACGGGCGUGAUACAGCGCAGCAUCCGCUACAUCUGGCAGCAGGUUGGCCGCAGGAAGGACGUCAGGUUCAAGUUUCGCGCCUCAUAUCUUGAAAUCUACAACGAGCAGGUGUUUGAUCUGAUGAAUCUCCCGCGCGGCCCGCUCCCGGUUCGCUGGUCCGCAGAGGCCGGCUUUCACGUCGACAACCUCUUCAAGAUCACAUGCGACAGCGAGGAUGCGAUGCUUGCGGUGCUGGAGGAAGGGCUGCGCAGUCGACGCAUUGCAGCGCACGACAUGAACGAGCGAUCGAGUCGCGGACACACCAUCCUGACGUUGGAGAUUGACAGCAUGGUGGAGGAUGUGGAUGUCGAUGUGCUGCGGCGACAGGGGAGGGUGUCGUUUGUUGAUCUGGCGGGCAGCGAGCGCCUCAGUCGCACAAAGUCGGAAGGCAGCACCCUCGUCGAGUCGCACAACAUCAACAAGAGCCUGCUGACGUUGGGCAAUUGCAUCUCAGCACUGGCGGACCCGCGGAAACGCAAGGCAUACAUCCCGUAUCGCGACUCGUAUCUGACCAUGCUGCUUAAGGACAGCUUGGGCGGUACGGGGAUGACGCUCAUGAUUGCGUGUGUGUCACCGGCGAAGGACUCGCUACAGGAAACCAAAAACACGCUUCGCUACGCCUCGCGCGCUAAACGCAUCCAAAACAAGCCCAUUGUGCACAUGGAUCCCGUACAGAAGCUGAUACAGGCGCUGAAACGGGAGGUGCGGCUGCUGCGAGCCGAGUGCGCUUACAUGCGAGAACAGGCAGAGCUCAGUGGCGGUGGCGCCGUGGGCACAACCCUGCCCCACAACUACAAAGAUUUGAAGGUUGAUGGGCUCGAUGAAGGGCAGGAGAUGCGUGGUAUUGCCAACAUGGCACGCGAGCUCACGCAGGCAAAGGUGUACCUGCAACAACUCAUGCGGGAAAAUGAGGACUUGCGCUCUGAGAAUGCGCAGCUGCUGUCGUCGAAGCAGCAGCUUGAACAGCAGUACGAGACACGGCGUGCCGGGUUGCCUGUUCGCGGGUUCAAGGCCGCCGGGUACGCCGCCACCUUCGCCACACGUGCACGCCAUCGCAAUGGCGGCAGCGGCAGUGGCAGUGCGGAUAUGGGCGCCGGCAGCACGGCCAGCAGUCAGGCAGCGUCGUCGUUCAGCUCGCGCCUCUCCUCCCGCGUUCCCUCGCACGCAUCCGGCUUACAUCAGAGCGCCAACGCGUCCUCCCUGAGCGUGAACAGCAUGUUCCACGGCUUUGCCUCCAUCACCUCGUCCCGUGCCACCACCUCCUCCCUGGAUGCCCCCUUUGCGCCGCGGCACAGCACCCCGACCAAGUCUGCCUACUCCUAUCCUGCCAGCGGUUACAGCUCGCGCACGGGGACCAACACCACGCUCGACACGUACGCAAGCAGCGCCAGCAGCAGAACGACGCCAGGCAGCCGCGGCAGGGCUGGGCGCUCCAAGCACCACCACUCCCGCGCACACAGGUCGCACCCGCACCCGCCGCACGGCAGCAAGCAGGCGUCGACGCUUUCGCAGCGGCAGAUGGCACGAUAUGGGGCACCGGCACCGCUGCCACCAGCCGCCCACUCAUCGGGCGCACGCGACAGGCUCGCCCCAACACCAGAACUCAGGACGGGCCGCCAAGGGUCGACGUCGUCGCUGUCGCAGGCGGCGCGGCGCGUGCUGGAGAAGGAGGCCUCUGAGCUUGACGAAAUUGAUGCGCAGAUCGCAGCCAUGCAGCAGGAACUCGGCUCCCAUGCACGCUAGGAGGAGGGGGUGGGGGCCCGAAAGACAUACGUGCUCAUGUGAGCGCGCUGUGCUUGUUUGCAGGCAACAGUUGUGCGCACGCACAUGGAUGUACACCACGUGUGCGGCCGGGCGUGGCACUGCUGCGUGCAGUGCGUGUUGUGGGGCACAUUCUGUGCACGCUGCUUGUAUGUAUGGAUAUGUAUGCUUCCUUUUCUAAAGUAUGCCGAGUUGUUGUUUAAGUUGUUUUAGUUGUUUAAGUUGUUGUUGUGGUGUUUUUUUUUCUAGGUGGGGGUAUCAGUCAGUGAGUUUAGUAUGUGCCAUGUUUCUAUCGUAGCUGAAGCGACCGUUGCGUCCGAGAGAGCCAGGGGAGGAGGGUGUUUAAGUGUCUGGCAUGUGGUGUUGGGCGUUCGUGUCCCAUGAGACAGCGCCAGCAGCUGCGUCGUUAUCACAGGCAGUAUUUGGUCUCCAUAGUGGCGCUGUGCGUGUGUGUCUCUAUUUACUGCUCUCGCGCGUGGGGCGUCCUUUUUGUGUAUUGUCAGCGAACAUGUUUCCUUCCGUUCUUCGGUCCUGUCCCUGUUACGAUUAAUUCAUUCCUCUCGCCUUUUGCUCCGCCUUUUAGCCCUUUGCUCGGCGCUAUCGUUAACUGCCCACAUGACUUUAUUUUUUCUGGUCUGGUCUGGUCGUCGCCUAACUAUGGCAUUGGAACACACCUCGCAUCCAACAACAGCGCAGCAGGCACGAAUGGAG